AUGUCUUCAACUGAAAACAAUAACAAAUCGAGUUCCAGAAUCACAUGGGAAGGUUGCAGCGUCUUGCUUGAUAUCAACGACGGCGACCGUCUCGUCUUCGCCCGUCUCUCCCCUGCAGCGAAAUUGAAGAUUGGUAAGAAGAAUUGUUCAUUGCAUUCAUUGAUUGGUUGUCCCUUUGGUACUGUUUUUCAACUCGACACUUCUUCCGACGGUCCUUUUCUAUCGCCAUUCCAACCUGAAGGUGAUGUAAAUAACGCCGACGAAAUAAAAGAUGGUCAUUUCCAAGACGAGUCAAAAGAUGAUCAACUCAAUAGUGAGUUGAAGGACAACCGGUCCCUGAUCGACAAUAAUACUGCGCAAAGCCUCACUGGUGAAGAUAUAGAAGACAUGCGAAAACAGGGUGCUAAGGGUAAUGAAAUAGUUGAUGCUCUCAUUGCCAAUAGUGCAUCAUUUGAUAAGAAAACAUCAUUCUCACAGGAGAAAUAUAGACGAAAGAAGCAGAAGAAAUAUGCACCAAGGGUACUUAUAAAGCGUCCUGUUGCUCGAAGCAUAUGUGAGGCCUAUUUCAAGAAGAAUCCAUUGAAAAUUGGGUUCUUGAGGGUGGAUACAUUGUCUCUUCUACUUUCAAUGGCUAAUGUUUCUUCUAAUUCUGACAUUCUUGUCGUUGAUAUGGUUGGUGGCAUUCUUACUGGUGCUGUGGCAGAACGUUUAGGAGGCACUGGUUUUGUAUGCAACUCAUAUCUUGGACAGACACCACAUUCCAUGGAUAUUGUGAGGAUAUUUAAUUUAAGUGAUGAAAUCUGCAAUAGGAAGAAAGUCAUCAAUCAAAAUUAUUUGAGUUUAUUAUUUUCCAGCUUCAUGACAAAGGAAAGGUCCUUCAUGGCAUAUGAUAUUACACACCACCACAGAAUAAAAGAAUGGGACAAUACCAACGACCAUCACCGUAAUUUCACGAGUCACAGCCUCUUGUACAACCACUUCAAGACUCCAAGACAAAUUACAAUGGACAUCUUCUUUUCUAGUACAGCACGCGGGCAGCUCGUGUCGAAUGAGCCAUCUUGUUCUCAGCUUUUAUGGACAAAAAUGUCAAUUAGUUUCUUUUACCAAGCUGCUAGCAAGACAACUUGUACUACCGAAAAAACCGCAAUUACCAACAUACCCACAACGUUCCAAAAUGGCACCUGCAAAAUCACAAGAGAGGAAAUCCAUUACGCGGGGUCAUGA